AUGAUAUGGAGGGGAUUGAGCACCUGAAUCACAUGAUAUGGAGGGGAUUGGAACACCUGAAUCACAUGAUAUGGAGGGGAUUGGAACACCUGAAUCACAUGAUAUGGAGGGGAUUGGAACACCUGAAUCACACGAUAUGGAGGGGAUUGGAGCACCUGAAUCACAUGAUAUGGAGGGGAUUGGAACACCUGAAUCACAUGAUAUGGAGGGGAUUGGAACACCUGAAUCAAAUGAUAUGGAGGGGAUUGGAACACCUGAAUCAAUGAUAUGGAGGGGAUUGGAACACCUGAAUCACAUGAUAUGGAGGGGAUUGGAGCACCUGAAUCACACGAUAUGGAGGAGAUUGGAACACCUGAAUCACAUGAUAUGGAGGGGAUUGGAACACCUGAAUCACAUGAUAUGGAGGGGAUUGGAGCACCUGAAAUCACAUGAUAUAGAGGACGGGGACAAUACA